AUGGAAAAGGCGACCUGUCCAAAAUGUAGAGGGGAUGGAAAAGAAUCUUCUGGGACACAUAUACAAGAUUUAUGCCCCGCUGAUCGAAUGAAGAUCACACAGCUCAUUUCUGAACUUGCGAGGUGCACACAAGAAAAGCACAAGGUUGAAGCUGAUCUUGCUGUUAGUAAAGCAGAAAACGAAGCAUUACAAAACCAGUUUCAGAUGCUUAAUAACCAAUUGGAAGGUGAUAAAAACAAAUUAUUUUCACAGCUGUCAUCAACAAGGGCAGAAAUGAACAAGCUUAAACUGCAAACAUCUUAUGCGCUAAAGCUUUUAACGCACCAAAUAAUGGCAUUGGAAAGACAAUCGAGGAGACUUGUUGAAACUGUGAAAGAUUUGUUAAAUGACAAAAUGCAUCUACAGGAUGCAUUAGUGAAUCAAAAAAUGAGAGUCCAAAUUCUUGAGGGUAGGAUAAAGAAGAUAAAAAAUAGUAAAAACGUGAAGAAACUGCUACAAGUAAAUCAACAAAUGAUGAAUAAAGUUUCACUAAAGUUUGACAAAGAUUGUCAAACCGAAGCCCUAGAAAACUUACCAGAAAUAUACACAUACUCCGGAUUAAAAGUUUCGAGAAGCAGUCAAGACUCCCAUAGGUGUACAAAAACUACUCAGAUUAAAAGCAAACGUGAUUUAGACGAAUCUUCCACGGAGGCCAUACUAUUGCGUGAACUAUUUUUCAAACGCCCAAGCAUAGAUGAGAACGAAGGGUUGGAAUUACUUACAUUAUUUCAAAGAAAUUGA